AUGUCUGGACCCACACCACUACCCGUGCCUGCGAUCAUAGCCGCGCAUCCUCCUAACAUCCCCACCGUCAGGACCACCAACGAUCCGUUGAUGCCUGAAUUGAGCGCCCCCGUCCAAACGACGACAUCACCCGUCGAGUCCAUGACUGCAGAUGAAACAGUCGACCCACCACAUCCCUUGGCUUCUGACGCUCCGGUAGAGGAUAGCAUAUCGAAUCAGAGUGCGCCUGCGCCUGUGUCCGCUGGCCCGAUGUGUCAUGUCAAAGCUUUGAUCAUAUCCGGCGAAAGUCAUGUCUUCUCGUUCGAGCCUGAGCAAACGGUCGGUCGAACAAAAGAAUUGAUAUGGAGCAUGUGGCCAUCUCAAUGGACAGAACCAGCCCAGCCGCCAUCACCUAGCUUCUUGCGCAUCCUACACGGGGGCAGGAUACUAGCGGAUGAAUCGACUCUAGCAUCUAACAACAUCCCAUCAUCCACUUCCUCCGCACAACCCACUGUCAUCCAUAUCUCUGUCAGGUCGUUCUCGCUCAGACCAGAAGAUGAUCCACAAAAGGGCUCGCAUCUUCCUGGUCAAGCUGGCCGAAACGGACGAGGUGACGACGUGGGCGGAUGCAAGUGUGUGAUCAUGUAA